AUGCAAGUUGAGCUCUCGUUGCUCUUUCCCCACACUCUCAAGGAGCUGCCGGUGAGCUUCUUUAUUCCCCUUUUAGCCCAGCGUCCGCGCACCGUGGCGAAUUUGUUCUUCAUGUGCUCAGGGCAGUUGCCGUUGCCAGCGGAGUUGCUUGCUGCUGUACACCUCACAGAGUCUGAGGUCGCCUACACAACGACCGAUAAUGCCAAGGCGGCUGGUCUGUUGCCGCUUAGCAACUCCGCGGUCGUUCGCAUCGACAAGACGUCUGUGAUAGAAAUCGGCAGCAGCACCACCAAGUCAAUCUUUGGCGGCUUCAUCCCAGAUGAGCCAGUGACGCUGCCAGCCGACACAGCCGCGCGUGAGCAGAGCAUUGCAGCCACCAUGUCCUCACUGAAAGCGGGCACGCUCCUGUACGGCAAUCUCGGCAUGCCAAACACGCAAGCCUGCCGCUAUUACAUUCUUCUUGAGUCUGUCACAACUCCCGAGCAGCGGCGCGAGUUCGCCGGCUUCGCACCGCUAGGGAUGGUGACAAGUGGCUUGGCAGAGCUGAAAAGGGCGGCAUCACAGACUGCGGUGCAGCCAUGCACUCUGAUGCCCAAGAAGAAAGUGGUUGUCUCUGAGUGCCGGUUGCAGCUCGACUACGCGAAGCUGACAUCCUCCUCCGAAGCUGGCGCUUCUGCAUUGCCACUUGGCGGUCCCCGCGAGGGCACCAGUCAAAACGUUGGGAAGCGACAGCCCACAAACCCGCACGAGCGCGUCGCUGGCCGUGUGCGCCGCCGUGAUGAUGACGACGAGGACGAGCAAACCGAUGCACGCACCGCUGUGGAGAGCGACGACGGCAACACCAGCGGCCCUGACGCAGCGCCGUUGCAUAGCACCGGAUUUUUCAGAAUGUCAGCGCGCUUCCCGAGAGCAGUGCUGGCCUCCGGUACGGGCUCCCCCCUGAAGCGACGCCGCGCAGAAGCAUUCGUAGUUGGCGAUGACGGUAUGCCCGCUCUCCGUACGACUGCGAUCGCGCCAGGCGAGCAGGUCAACAGUGACGGCACUGCGGCACCGUUCGAGUUCUUCAAGGCCCAGCAAGACGCCUUCAUGAAUGACAUUGACUGCAUCAAGGACGCGCAGCGGCAGCGACUGAAUUGUAAAGCCGGAAAGAAAAAGAAGUCCCAGCAGGCAUUUGCAUCGAGCAGCUCACGUGGAUGGCACGCCAGCUCGCAGAAGCACCGCAGCAGCGGCACACGCGCUACGGGAUCGAGGGCGUCCUCGAAAAGUAGCGCAAAAAAGAUGGUGCCCCGGCGGUACUGA